UUCGGUCGCGCCACGCUGCUCUCAGGGCAUCUAGUGACAGACCCAUCUCUUAUCAGGACUUUUAUAUCCACACCUCUCUCGCCUCCUUUUCCACUGCCGCAGAGGAUCAGCGGUCGUCGCACUCCUCACAGAAAGUUGGGCUCAACAGGUCGGCUUUUUUUUAAGAAUGAACAGCUAUGAUACUUCCAAAGGAAUCUGAGGGCGAGAUGUCCCUGGAGAAGUAAACGAGUUCUUGCUUGUCUGGAGGAUGUAGCAAUAGCAAUACCCUUUUUUGACGACACCGCGAUGAUGUCCCAUAACUUCUACAGGAGAAGUUGUGCAUGGGCAGAUGAAAUUAUGAAUAAAAUGGAUGUCGUCUAAAAUAGCGAAGCAAUAAAUAAUGCGCAUUGAAGAAUCCUCUGAAUAUUUUAAGAAUGCUUGCUUCAGAGGAUUGAAGUGCCUAUCAAUGGACACAAAGCUAAAUUUGAAAGGGCGGAAACUCAGAAUAGCCAGCUUAAAGUCUUUUCCGUUUCAAGACGUGAGGAAAACCGAUGAUUACCAUUACACUGGAGAAGGCUUUAGCUUCGAAAUAGUCAAACAAUUAUCUCAGCACUUCAACUUCACAUAUGAUAUUGUUGUACCCGACGAUCUAGAUUUUGGUGUAUUAAUUAACGGAACAAGAUGGACUGGCCUAAUUGGAAUGCUUUUAAAUAAUAAAGCAGACAUGGUUGCAUCCCCUUUGAGUAUUACACAAGAGAGACAAAAUGCGGUUACCUUCAGUUCCAGCCUUUACAAAGACUCUUUAGGCUUGAUGUUUACCAGACCAAAAACUCAACAUAAUAAUGAAGCACUUCUAGCUCCUUUUACAAAUACUGUCUGGAUCAGCGUUGCAGUAAUUGCAGUAGCAAUGUGUCUUGUUUUAUACACGCUUAUUUAUUCUUCAAAAUGCCUCCUUUCUAAAAAAGUGAGAAGGCCCUUCAUGAAAGAUACUUGGACACUCAAUGAUUGUGCCUGGUUUGUAUAUUCCAGUCUAAUGAAACAAGGAUUCAAUAAAACGACAGAUUUUAAUCCUGUUCGAAUAUUGAUGGCAGCAUGGUGGAUAACCUGCCUACUCUUAGGGGCUUUUUACACAGCAAAUUUAACAGCAUUCAUGACAACCGAAACUUCUGUUACGGAUCGUUCCAUUGAAGAACUUAUUCGUUCAGGUAGAAAAUGGAUAUUCAGAAAAGGCACGGCAUUCUCGGAUUACCUGUUCAAAGAAAGCAUAGCUGAGCAUGAAAAUGACUUUUCAUUAUUGAAAAAGUCAUUCAUGAGAGGAAAUGGUAUGAUGAUCGAUUCAGAUGACGAAGUAAUUGAUUUCAUCAAGAAAGGAUAUGCUUAUAUUCAGGAGAUGAAUGUGUUAAACUAUAUGAUUUUCGAGAAUUCCAUGGAAACGAAUGGCAGCUGUGCAUUCAAUGCAAUAAAUCUGCAUUUUUUCGAGCACACUACAGCUUUUGCUUUUCCUAAAGGCAGUCGAUACGCAUCUCCUUUCUCUGAAUAUAUCGAGUUCCUACGAAAAACCGGAUUGGUUCAGAAAUGGAUGCAACAAUACUUGUUAUCUGCGGAUGUAUGUGCUUUUCACUUUGAUAACAAACUGUCAAGAAAAGAACAAGCUCUCACGAUUUAUGAAUUUCACAGCGCAUUUUACAUUUUAUGCAUGGGAUCCGUCUUUGGUUUACUCUGCCUUCUCACUGAACUUAGAAAACAAGUAUUUAGAUUUUUAAUAGAAACAAGAGGAAGAAUUUUUAAAAGUUUAAUUCGAAAAGGAGGAAGGCAAGAGAGUCCAAAACCUGGAUUGCCUAUAGGAAUCUACAGGACUUAA